ACAAAGGAUUCCAUACAACCCUGAAAAAUAAAAUUAAUUUCUACCCUUUCCCAGUUCUCUCCCUCCAGCCUGAACCAUCCUAGCCAGACCCACCAGCCAUGCCACUCUCUUCCUCCACACCAUCAAACCAAUGCCAAAAACCAUCUGGAAACACCAGCCGUCCCUUUCUUCCUCCUUUCAAACUGAUAGCCCAUAAAUCACCCGAUCUUCUCCCAAAAUCCAAACACCCGAUCUCCUCACUAUUACUAGCACUAGCACCGUAAAGAAACUGACGCCAAACCAGCUAAGAAACCACAGCUGCCCGUUUUCUCCUCCCUCCUUUGAAGCCGACAUCAGCGGCCCCUCAACAGACCCGAUCUCCUCCCAAAAACCCAGCCCCCGAUCUACUCUCCGUUGCUACCAGUAGCCCCGCAUAUAACCCUGCCUUGCCUCUCUUUUCUCCCUCACAAACAGGUUCCAGGAGACCCACAACAUAUCCGAACUUUCCCCUCAUCACAAGCAGCAACCUGCAACAAAAAUCACACCCAAUUUCGGCCAUAAAUUACAGCCCCAUUCUUACCCAAAAAAAACCACUGGCAGCUCAAAGGAGGAAAGUCUUCUCCAAAUACUACAAACAUACUAACCACUUCACCUAUGGCCACAACUUCAGGGAACUAGUAAAAAAAACUAGAUCUAGAUCUGAAAAAAAAGGGGAAGAUGAACAAAAGGAAAAAAAAAAUGUUAAAAAGAUGUUAAGGGGCUUACCGACGACUAUAUUUAGCCGAGGGCAGCCCCCAUAAGGGACGUGUCGUCAAAGAUGGGUUUAGUAAAUUUGUCUCCAGAUAUUGAAGAACUAUGGAAUGAAUGGCAGAUUCGCUCAUUAAUGUUACUCAGUCUCCUUCUGCAAAUCUUGCUCACCAUUUUUGGACAACGACGGAAGUAUACUAAUGGACGUUUGCUUGGGAUUUUUCUUUGGGUAGCGUACCUGUCUGCAGAUUGGGUGGCAACUUUUUCGUUGGGUAUCCUUGCUCGCAGCGAAGCCGACUCCGCAAAUCCGAAAUUAAUUCCUGUGUUUUGGGCUCCAAUCCUUCUUGUUCACCUUGGUGGCCCUGGAACUAUUCCUGUUUAUUCAACGGAUCAAGCCAGCAAAUUAUUGAUAGUUCGCCUUCUUCAGCUAGUAACCCGAGUUGGUGUGGCUUGUUAUGUCUUGUUCAGGUUAUGGAACAACAAUGUCAUCACGUCGGUAUUCAUUCCCAUCUUUGUUUCAGGAAUCAUCAAAUAUGGUGAAAGGAUUUGGGUUUUGACGAGAAUCCACGUAUACAAUAAUGUGUCGCCACAACCUUUUGCGGAAGUACAUCGCAUCAAGAUUAAAGAUAUAUUACCCUGCUACAAGAAUACAAGAAGUAAGGUCAUAUAUCUCCAUGAAGCUCAUAUUUUAUAUAAAACGUUCCAGAUACUGUCCAAGAAUUUUGAUCUCGUCAGAUUGGAUCAAAAAUUCACCUAUGAUUUGGUUUCUAAAAAGGAUGCGGAGGAAGCCUUCCACUUGAUAGAAGUUGAGCUGGGAUUCAAGUAUGAUCGGCUUUAUUCUAAGGUGACAAGGAUUUCCAGGUCUCGCGUCAUUCUCCGCUCUACCACCUUCUUAUCAUCUAUUUCUGCAUUAGUUUCCUUCUCAAUAAUGACAAACAGCAGUAGUGUCUAUUCGAAAAAUGAUAAGAUUAUAUCUUACGUGUUGCUGAGUGGAGUUGUGUGCCUUGAAACUUAUUCCAUCAUUAUGCAUCUCUUGUCCGACUGGACUAUGAUUUGGCUUACCAGUACUAGUGAAAGAGCUGGUGGUAUUCCCCGUGGAAUCAAUUGUCUUUCUCUAUUACUAACAUCUUGUAGGAAGCGCAAAAGAUAUUGGUCAGGAUUUAUGGGACAACACAACCUAAUAAGUGCUCAAUCAAACAACAAGCUUCUUAAGAAGUACUUUCCACGGCUCAUAGGGAACAUUGAUAGCUGGAAAAAAGUGGGCACGGAUUUAAAAGAAUUGAUCUUCAAACAAGUCAAGGAUAAACGUUCAAGGUACGAUCCUGAAACCAGUGAUUUCACUUUCCUCAAGAAUCUAUUGAAAGAGAGAGGUCGCGAAGCACUUCAAAGCAAGGAUUGCAUCGGUAAAUUUGGAUGGAGUGUGGAUGGUGUAGAAUUCAUUCAUAGCCUCCUCACUUGGCACAUUGCUACUCAUGUUUGUUACUUAUAUGAUUCUGAUCAGAAGAAUGGUUUUCACAAGAAGCGAAAAAGUGUAAUAUUAAACAGCACAUUAUUAUCCGAUUACAUGUUGUAUCUCCUGGUUAAUUGUCCAACCAUGUUAGCUAGGGAGCCCAGCGAAACAAGGUAUGAUGAUACGAGAAUUCAUUUGCGUCGUCUCCUUUUCUGGAAUACACAUAAAGAAGUGAAGUUCAACAUUUCCUUGGAAGAAUUGAAUGCAUUAUCGUUUCAGGAAGCUGAAGUGAAAGCCUUUUUCAAAGAAUUGCUUCAAAGUCCGUCGACCGUGUUAAAGGAAAUUGAUGAACAAGGCAAAGGAGAAAUGUCAGCCCUACUAGAUGGUUGCAUGCUUGCUGUGUCAUUGCAGUCAUUGGAGAGACGGGAUGGUUGGUCAAAUGACGAGAAAUGGGAAAUGAUAAGUCAUGUGUGGGUGGACAUGGUUAUGUAUGCCGCAAGUCAUUGUGGAUGGAAGCAGCACACUCAUGCACUUGCCCGAGGUGGGGAGCUACUCACUCAUGUCUGUCUUCUCAUGGCACAUCUCGGUUUAAGCAAGCAGUGUCGACCUGGAAUAAGUGAACAAUUAGCUGAUCGGUCUACAAGGCUUGCUGGUAUUCUUGAGUCUGAAAAACCUAGCUCCCUGGGUCCGAGGUAUAUUUCUGUGGAGUAGUAGUGUUAUUUUUAAUGCUUCAAUGAGGAUGGAACUUUCUCAUGUAUUUUUGAUCAGCUAGUUUAUUCCUUUUGGGGCUUAGCUUUAUGUUGUUGUUUUGAUGCGUUGUAACUUUUUUUUUAUAAUGGAUCAGUUCCAGUACAUAUGGUUUAAAGCUUGACUAAGAAGAAUUUAUUCUCGUUAUUAUUUUGGAAAUGUUUGUGCUUCAA